UGUAAUAUUAACUGGCUCGAAUCACGUGUCAUAUAAAUGUUUUGGUCUAUUAAUACACAAAUAAACACAGAGAUAAGGCUAUUUGCAGUCGAUCCGCACCAGCAAUGGACGCGAGGUUAUUUUUAUUGUAUUUGUUUGUUUCUGUUGCAAGCUCGGAAUUGGUGAGAAAGAAGAUAUGUAAGGGGGUUGACACACCCACGUGUAGCAUCCACAACGUACAUUUAGACCCUUGCCCGGACGGACCCGCUUUCUGCCUCAUCAGACGAAACAAGCUUUACCAAGUCACUGUAGAUUUUAAUCCUCAAUUUUCUUCAAGCAAUCUCAAACUGGCUAUAAAUGGAGACAGUGCGAAAGACGCCACCUUCAGCACAGAAAUCCUCCCCCCCACCAGCGGGUGUGACGUCAUCACCUGCCCCCUACAGAAAAACACGCGACAGAGCUUCAAUACAACGAUAUCUUUGAAUAAAAGAAGUCGAGGAAAAUUUCCAAUACAAAUAAAACUUUGGAAUGAGGACAACAUCGCUGACGUGUGUUGUGUUAUAUUCAAUGUGAGAGUUUUAAAAUAAGUAAGUUACACAUGUACAUGAGUUGUUUAAUAAAAAAAUAUAAUUAUG